AUGGCGACGAUCGAUGAGCCUUUGUACCCGAUCGCCGUUCUAAUCGACGAGCUAAAAAACGAGGACAUUCAGCUCCGAUUGAACUCAAUUCGUCGACUCUCUACCAUCGCUCGUGCCCUAGGCGAGGAGAGGACUCGCAAGGAAUUGAUUCCUUUUUUAAGCGAGAAUAAUGACGAUGAUGACGAAGUUCUUCUUGCUAUGGCUGAUGAAUUAGGUGUUUUUAUUCCCUAUGUUGGCGGUGUUGAGUAUGCCAAUGUGUUGCUUCCGCCUCUCGAGACGUUGUGCACCGUUGAGGAAACUUGUGUUAGGGAUAAAUCAGUGGAGUCUUUGUGUAGAAUCGGAGCGCAGAUGCGAGAGCAGGACUUGGUCGAGCAUUUUGUACCACUCGUCAAGAGACUGGCAGCGGGUGAAUGGUUUACGGCACGAGUUUCUUCUUGUGGUUUGUUUCAUAUUGCUUAUCCGAGUGCUCCGGAGACUUUAAAGACUGAAUUACGUGCGAUAUACAGUCAGCUCUGUCAAGAUGACAUGCCUAUGGUUCGUAGAUCUGCUGCCACAAACCUAGGGAAGUUUGCUGCUACUGUUGAGCCUGCUCAUUUGAAGGCUGACAUCAUGUCUAUAUUUGAGGAUUUGACUCAGGAUGAUCAAGAUUCUGUUCGAUUAUUGGCUGUUGAGGGUUGUGCAGCUCUUGGAAAAUUGCUGGAACCCCAAGAUUGUGUGGCUCAUAUUCUUCCAGUCAUAGUUAAUUUCUCACAGGACAAGUCUUGGCGUGUUCGCUACAUGGUUGCCAAUCAAUUAUAUGAGCUCUGUGAAGCUGUUGGUCCUGAGCCUACCAGGUCUGACCUGGUUCCUGCAUAUGUUCGGCUACUUCGUGAUAAUGAAGCUGAAGUACGUAUAGCUGCUGCAGGAAAAGUAACUAAGUUUUGCAGGAUUUUGAAUCCAGAACUUGCAAUUCAGCAUAUUCUUCCUUGUGUAAAGGAAUUGUCCACAGAUUCAUCUCAGCAUGUUCGUUCUGCUUUGGCUUCCGUUAUAAUGGGAAUGGCUCCAGUUUUAGGGAAGGAUGCAACAAUCGAGCAACUGCUUCCGAUAUUUCUCUCGCUUUUGAAAGAUGAAUUUCCUGAUGUUAGAUUGAAUAUUAUCAGCAAGCUUGAUCAAGUCAAUCAGGUAAUUGGAAUUGAUUUGCUCUCCCAGUCCCUAUUGCCAGCAAUUGUGGAACUUGCAGAGGAUAGACAUUGGAGGGUUCGGCUUGCAAUUAUAGAAUACAUACCAUUGUUGGCAAGUCAGUUGGGUGUAGGGUUUUUUGAUGACCAGCUUGGUGCUCUUUGCAUGCAAUGGUUGAAAGAUAAGGUUUACUCAAUUCGUGACGCAGCUGCUAAUAAUGUGAAGCGCCUUGCAGAAGAAUUUGGCCCAGAAUGGGCAAUGCAGCACAUAGUUCCGCAGGUUUUGGACUUGAUCAACAACCCACACUAUUUGUAUCGGAUGACCAUUUUACAUGCAGUUUCUCUAAUUGCUCCUGUUAUGGGCGCAGAAAUUACUUGUUCCCAACUUCUUCCUAUUGUCAUCAAUGCAUCAAAAGACAGGUGA